CCAAGCAAGAUCAUGUUCGCUGACAGCACGAAAUCGUCCGCGGCCUUGGGUUGUUUCUUCCUCUCACGAUGCUCUGGGCACUGCCUGAGUGUCUUGGAUCAGACCUACCCUACCGAGACAAGCACUCCAGCACCUGAGCUCAGAAACACCCAAGACGCUGUUUCCGACCCGUGGGUUCUGAUGAACAGCAAGGGGCCCCCCAUCGAUUCAGUCGGGAUUGUUCUUCCCCCCCCCUUCCCUCUUACCGUUCCUAUUUUACAGUCGGUUCUUCCACCUUGCCACGAUGUGGCGGCCACUUUCCAGGAAAGGAACUCCCACGAGCUAUUCGUCAUGGCAGCGCGCAAACGUUAG